AUGCAUGCAAACAACUUGCAGAACCGGGUGCAGACACCGAUUGCUGAGUGUGGAGCCUUGCAGCCGUUGUGCAUAGUCACACAGCUUCGAGAGAGCAUUGCUGCUGAGUGCAGAGAUACAAAAAAUGUCCCAGAAAUGGCAAUACAUCAGGAAUUGAAGAGGAGGAAGGAUUUCAAUAAAUUUGCAAUUAACAAGAAAUUGUUGGAACUAUUCGUGGAAGGUUCCUUUGGAUUGGAAAUUCGCAAAUGUGACUAUUUUAUUCAAAAGGAGGGGACACAGAAAGCAGAAAACAACAGGCCAGUUAAGAUAACACCUGUCAAAGGAAAAACAUUAGAAGCUAUUAUUAAAGGAGUUAUAGCAGGACAUCAGGACAAGUUCAAAGUAAUCAGUGAACGUUGCUGCCCUAAAUCGCUGACCACCUCAUUCAUAACAACAAAUUUAGACGCAGAGAGCAAGGAAAGAAUAGGAAUGUUGCAAGAUUCAAAACAAACAGAUAACUCAGCUGUCUCCCAGGAUUCCACUGCUGAUCGACUGCUCGAUCUUUCAAAUAAGGUUUUGCCACAGAGGUUUGAAAACUCUCCAGACGUCAGAAGGCUUAAAACAAACACAUUAUCUUCACAAAUGUGUCACGCACAGGAGGUGAUUGCACUUAAAUGUCCAGCAUCUAUACUGAGGAGGAAAUCCAAAAUGACACGAAAUGCAGAUGGUUAUGUUUCUCACAGAGCAAGAACUGAAAGAAGAGUUCGAUUUCAAGAAUUGGAUGAAAUAAUUUUUGACACUAACAGCUGUAAUUCCCAUUUGCCGGCAUUGCUUCGUAAAUUAUUGAUCGUCAUUUUGCUGAGUCUGGUGAUGAUCAUGUUGCUGUAUUGUAGCGAGACUGCAACAGUCAUCUAUGAACAACUUCAGUCAAAACUCAACAGCGUUUUCCUGGAAAUGAAGAAUCUAACUUUCAGCUGGUUGACUUGGAGUGGGAAAAAUUAA